AUGGUAUCUUGGCUUCUUGACACCGAGCGAACGUUGCCUCAAGUCCUCGAAAAGAGAGCGAAGACGGUCCCGCAUGGUUUAUUCGCGAAAGUCCCACUGUCGCCUACGUCCUACUCGUCGGGAUUCCGAGCUGCCACCAACCUCGAGGUCUCAAAUGCGGUUGAUGAGGUAGCAUGGCUGAUAGAGAAGGAAUUGGGGAGACCCAAAGACUUUCCAACCAUUGCCUAUCUCGGUCCCGCUGACCUGCGCUACUCUAUCGUGGUUAUGGCUGCCAUGAAGACUGGGCACAAGACAUUCCUACCGUCUCCUAGAAACAGUAUGGCAGCCUUCAACUCCCUGUUGUCCGGCCUCGAUUGUCAGAUAAUAGUCACCGUCUCCCCCGAGCCUCCGAUUGUCUCCGCAAUUACGGCUGAGCGUGAGAUGAAGAAGCUCAAUCUACCAUCGCUCUUCGAUUUGCUCGAUAAGGUAAAUGUACCGAGAUAUCCGUAUGACAAAACCUUUGAGGAGGCAAGAUGGGACCCAAUUCUGGUCCUGCAUACCUCUGGAUCAACAGGCAUCCCCAAGCCACUCACCUAUACGAACGAAUUCGUCUCAAGCAUCGCGAAGAACAUCUCCCUUAUCCCGCCAGAGGGUUUCCGAAGCCUCGAUGUGUACGUCCGCACUGGACUUUUUUUCAUCUUCUUACCACCAUUCCAUAUCGCUGGCAUAGCCUUUUCCCUCAUCGUUCCAAUAUUUUGCGAUGACGCGAUUCCCAUCUACCCUUUGUCAGGAUCGCCUCCAACUGUCGCAGACCUUCUCGAAGCGAGAAACCAUACGCAUGCUGAUUGGGCGUUCGUCGCGCCAGUUAUGGUCGAUGAGAUUGGCAAGACAUCCGCACUUCUCGAGUCCUUUUCUGCCAAAUUUACGCAUCUCUUCUACAGUGGUGGCGCGGUUCCGAAGAUCUCUGGCGAUGCUGUCGCCGCUCGAAUGGGUCUUUAUCAGAUCCUCGGCUCAAGUGAAUGCGCAUCUUUCCCGUUGAUCCGCGAUGCGGAAGAUCAGUCAUGCAACCAAUGGGACUGUGUGCAAAUUCACCCGGCCGUUAAUGCACAAUUCCAGCAUCGAUUCGGAAGUUUACAUGAGCUGGUACUCGUGAGAAAAGACGACCUACUUGUUCACCAGCCUGUCUUCUGGCAUUUUCCUGAACAGCAAGCGUACGAGACAAGGGACUUGUUCGAGCAAGUCUCUCCCAAUAUCUGGCUCCAUCGCAGUCGAAUUGACGACAUUAUCGUAUUCUUGAACGGUGAAAAGACGAAUCCAAUCAGUUUUGAACAGGAAGUCGGACGGCAUCCCGAAGUCAGGUCUGCUUUAGUUGCUGGUAUGCAGAGAUUCGAAGCAACUCUGCUUGUUGAGCUCUUGGACCAUGCAAAGUCUUUGGCCGAUGGUGAGGCAGCACUUGUCAACCGGAUUUGGCCAACAGUCGAGGAAGCCAACAAAGUGACACCUUCACAUGCCAGAGUAGCCAAGUCCAAGAUCAUCAUUAUCGACCCGCUAAUGCCUAUGCCCAGAGCUGGCAAGGGUACAGUACAGCGCCAAGCAACAUGGAAUCUUUAUGCACAAAAGCUGGAAGCAGUCUAUGAUGCGGACGAGAACGGAGGAGCCCAGCCACCGUCAGAAGACAUCACUAUCAUGAACGAUGACGAGAUCUUGAAAGUCGUCCAAGAGUCCGUAACAGGAACAAUGCACCGAGAUACUGUCGAGGUUGGAGACGGUUUCUUCGAUCUCGGUAUGGAUUCUCUGAUGGUGCUUCGACUGGGCCGAGAUCUCAAAGCCCGACUGGGGAUUACCGUCGACAUGAAAGCAAUCUACGGUAAUCCGUCUAUCGACAAAUUGACUGCCCACAUACUUGAGCUUGCCCGUAAUCCCAACGCUGUGAUCGGGGAUCAGGCUGGUGGUGCUCAAGAAGUGGCGAUGGACGCAAUGCUCGAAGGGUAUGGAAAGGAAAUCAAGUCUCUCAAAAUUGUCGACAGCGUCAAGAGGAAUGGGUUGCACGCCCAUCCACCGGAGCAAGUGGUGCUGCUUACAGGGUCGACAGGGGCCGUCGGCUCCCACAUCCUCCGCGAGCUUCUAAAGAACGAUUCAGUCCGCCACAUAUAUUGCCUCAACCGCGCCGACGACUCUGAAUUACUCCAGACAAAGCGCAAUAUCAAGCGAGAUCUUCCAACAGACUUCCCUCCAAGUCGUGUUACAUUCCUCACGGCAAAUCUAGCUAGAAAGGACUUUGGGCUAGGGAAAAAGGUGCAUCAGUCACUGCUAUCUCAAGUCACUCACAUCGUCCUCAAUGCCUGGCCAGUCAACUUCAACCUUCCACUUUCCGCAUUCAAGACAGCCUUGGACGGGGUCCUGAACACCAUCGAUUUUGCCCAGCAAUCGCAUGUCUCGCCAAGCAUAACGUUCCUCUCCUCAAUCAGUUCAAUGACGAACUACUCCGGCGGGCAGAUCCCUGAGAAGAUUGUUCGUGAUGUAUCUUGCCCAGCGAGCAUGGGGUACGGACAGAGCAAGUACAUUGCCGAGCGUAUGCUUGACUAUGCUUCUCAGCAACUGCAGAUCAAGACCAAAAUCAUCCGGGUCGGUCAGAUCGCAGGAACAGCCGAGAAUCCGAGAGGGUGGAAUCGUGACGAGUGGCUGCCGAGUCUAGUGCUCAGCUCGAAGUACCUUGGAGCAGUUCCGGCCUCCUUGGGCCGCAAGACAUCGACUUCGCCAGAUGGCAUGAUGGGGACGAUCGACUGGAUACCGAUCGAUCAGCUGGCAGGCAUCUUGACUGAGCUGACAUUGGCUUCUGAGAACGGAGUCUUCCAUGCUGUGAAUCCUGCGAAAAUUUCGUGGGCGAAGCUGCUACCAACGGUCCAAGAGGAGUUGUCUGGCGUCACGGUUUCGUCUUAUGAAGAUUGGCUACAACUGUUGAAAAGCCGCACGGAUUCUGAAGUUGAUGCUGAUGCAGUCAGGCAAAACCCUGGUUUGAAACUCAUCGAUUUCUAUGAGAGCCUGCUGCAGGACAAGACAAGUGCCAGAUUCAGCACAGAACAGAGUGUGCUGAUAGGUAAACGACUCAGCCGUCUGGAGGCUAUCAACACGAAGUCGAUUGCUGGUUGGAUCAAGAAUUGGCUCGCGGAGUCUUAG